AUGUCAAAGAAAAAUGAUGCUGUACUUGUUACAGCGUCUAAUUACUACGAGCUUGUUGAAAAAUAUCAACGAGAAAAUCAGAAAGAAAAAGCACUAAUAUUACUUGACGGACCGUUCGAAUGGAAAAUCAAGCUCUAUGAGCAAUGGGAUUUCAUAAACUGCCAAAAAGUAUCUUCUAGAAUAUCCAUGGCAAACUCACACUUCGGAAUUUGGAAGGUUCUUGCUGUUGUCCUAGGUAAAACCUUGGCAUCGACUACAGACAUUCAACAAUCCAUUGAUUCGGAAAAGUCGUUAUCUAAAGUAGCACUACAACGUUCGAAAUGGAUUCUAGGAAAGGAAUACGUAGUUAUAUCUACACCCUUUGGGAGCGUACAUUUAGAUGCUGAUCACUUGAAAUCUUACAACUGUUUCAAAAAACUUCACUGGGAGCGACGGCCAAAGCAUCUCGUAGUCGAGCGAUAUCAUAACAACACUCAUCGAUUAAGGACUCAUUUGCUUUUACUCAAUCUCUUGUUUCGUACGCAACCCGAUCACCAGUCAAAAACAACAAUGUGCCGAGCAUUGUACUAUUAUCUGUAUAGGGACCAUUUCCGAGAUUUGGAAUCGCUUUUUACGCUGUAUUCUUCGAAAUGCGCAGUGGAGUGGUACCGAGAUGAUUCUGGCAUCUCACAAGUCGUAAACAGAGCUCUUCGAGUAAAAAAUAUCGCUGAUAUACAUAUUCUUCGCCACUUUAUGAUCGAACUCUAUCAGCAACUCGAUGAAAUAUACGAACGACAGAGACCCGCUGACGAAAAUCAUAUGACAUUAACAGUAUAUCGUGGUCAGCAAGUUUGUCGAAAUGAAUUGCGGAAUUUUAUUGAAAAUAUUGGGCAAGCAAGCUUUAUUAAUAGCUUUUUCUCAACAACUUUCAAUUUAGAAGUGGCUUAUCUAUAUCUGAAAACUAAUACAGUCGAUGCUGAUAUUGUGAAUGUUGUAUUUGUAGUAGAAUUGGACACGUCACAUGUAACGCGACCCUAUGGUUAUAUUACGAAUAGCAGCGAGGAAAACGAAUUAAUUAUCUCGCCGGGUACCAUUGUCUCUAUACAGAACGUGGAAAGAAUCAAUAAAGGUUCCAUCGAGUGCAAUAAUAUGCAGUCAGAUAAUCAGAAAAACGAGUUUUGGCUAAUUAAACUGCAGUCGAUUGACGAAAAACAAUUUCUCGGUAGCACAUUGACAAUAUUGUCUGAAAACAAGUAUGAUUGGGGCCGGAGAGCCGGUCGUGAUAUGCUUUUUGUUGUUCUUUGUAAAAGUCGCCUGAUGAGACCCUUGAGCAAGGUUGAAACCGGUUGUAUUAUGUAUUUUGAAUUUUUUUUUUGA